AUGGAAGCUAUAAAAAUACUCCACACCAACUCAGGAGUCGGCCACGACAGCUACGCCAAGAACUCCUUACUUCAGCAAAAGGCAAUAUCCACUGCAUGGCCUAUCAUAAAGGAAGCCCUUCAAGAUUUCUGCACUCACAACAUUCCAACCACUUUCGCCAUCGCAGAUUUGGGGUGUGCUUCGGGGCCUAACACCCUUAUGAUUGUCUCCAAUUUAAUCAAACAACUUCACCACUUUUAUCAAAACCUUCCUAAACAAUCACUCCACUAUCAAGUCUUCUUCAACGAUCUCCCUGCAAACGAUUUCAAUCUCAUCUUUAGAUCCUUGCCAGAUUUCUUGGAAAAUUUGAAGACCCAAAUUGGAGAUGAUUUUGGGCCAUGUUUCUUCAAUGGCGUGCCGGGUUCUUUUUAUGGCAGGCUCUUUCCCAACAAAAGUUUGCAUUUUGUUCAUUCUUCUUCCAGUCUCCAUUGGCUCUCCCAGGCUCCUGAAGGGAUGGAGAUGGAAAACAAAGGGAACAUAUUCAUAGACAGUACAAGUCCAGAGAAUGUGAUUGAAGGGUUUCGCCGGCAAUUUCAAAAGGAUUUUUCGGUGUUUUUGAAGUGUCGGGCAGAAGAAGUGGUGGCAGGUGGAGGAAUGGUCGUUACAAUGUUAGGAAGAACAGCCAAAGAACAUUGUUAUGCUUUUGAACUCUUCAAUUUGGCCAUGAAGAAGAUGGUUGCAGAGGGGAUGGUGGAAGAGGAGAAAGUGGAUAGAUUCAAUAUGCCAAUUUUCAUGCCAACUCCAGAGGAAGUAAAAGCAGAAAUCCACAAGGAAGGAAGCUUCAUGAUAAAGCGUCUUGAAGUCUUGAGAACCCGUUGGAACUUGUACAAUAAUAACAGUAAUGAAAUUGAUUCAUCAACUGGGGGUGUUGGUAUUGGUAGCAGUUAUAAUGUUGCAAAUUGCAUUAGAUCCGUGAUUGAACCAAUUAUGACUCCUCACUUUGGAGAACCCAUUGUGGAACAACUAUUUGAUAGAUACAAACAAAUUAUUAGGGCUGAGAUGUUCAACAAAAGGAGUGAGUUCAUCUUUCUCACUAUUUCUCUCACUACAAUCUGAAAUGGUUGAAAAGAAACGAUGUGGUUUUAUGUCACAAUUUCUUCUAAAAACUAUGUUAUGUUAUGUUAUGGUGCAAUGGAAUAAAGGGCUCUUCACUUA